AUGACUCCUUCAAGCUGUCAACCUCAAGGCGCGGCUCCUUGUCAACAAACACCUCAAGGAAUGACUCCUUCAAGCUGUCAACCUCAAGGCAGAAAUUCUUGUCAUAAAACACCUCAAGGCGUGACUCCAUCAAGCUGUCAACCUCAAGGCGCGGCUCCUUCUCAUAAAACACCUCAAGGCAUGACUCCUUCAAGCUGUCACCUCAAGGCGUAA